AUGUGAGGACAGUUUGAACUUGAACUGGGACCAAAAACAGUUGAAUGACUGAUAUAUCUUUGCAAUCUUCCAAGACAUACUUUUUACUAUAUUUUUUUUAUUUGAUAAAUGGAAAAAUGCUUUGUAUCAGAUUGUAAAAACAUUGUUUAAAUAGAUUAGCAUUAAUAGAUGUAUUAUUAUUUUAGAAACAUGCGUCUCUUUUCAAUUUGUACUUAAAUUUAAUAGGAUAAUAUAUAUGUAUGUAUUAUGUAUUAUGUAUAAAUUAUACACUGAAAUUUACCUCUUUAUUUAUUAUUGAAAGUGGUAUAAAAUGUGCAUUGAGGCAUAUAAUGGGAGCAGGAUUGUUGACAAAUGCGUUGCUAAGGGACAGUUGUAACUGAAGACGUGUCUUUCUUGGUGCACUGCAUUGAAGAGUAGUCGACCUACAAAAUGCAGACUGUGGACAAGAAAAAAACAUGGGAUUCAAAACGCUUCAGACAGGAGCAUAUGACAGUUUGGCCACGGACUCACCCAGUUGUUUUUCCUCAUCUUCAAACUGAUCACUGGACCAAGAUGAAAACAAGGGUGAGAAUAAACAGUUAUACACAUUCAGUACAUGGUGUACCUUAAAAGAUAACCCAAUACAAGACAAGUCAAAUGGAAAAAAAUGACUCUUUCAGUAAGCGCUUGUUAGGUAACUUGGGCUGGAAACUAUUUUAAUUUGAAGAAUGACAAAUUUACACACUGUUGUAGUGGUUUUGUAACUAUUUAUGCUACACAGGCACCCGGUUACAUAUCAACACUACCUACUACUUUACUGAAGAAGACCGGUACUUCUACGUGUGAAUCAAUUGAAGGAAACAAGAGCACAUUGCCCCCUCUGACAAUGGAUUGGAGUUAUCAACCAGAAAUGAUUAUAUCCCAUAGUCCUACAUCUAUCAGGCCAAAAACCUCGUUUUCAAUUUAUAGCAUGCCCCAGUACAGAAAUGUUUACAAUGAUCGGGCAAGAUUGGGCUUUUGCUACUGGCUCAUUGAGAAGAAGGCUCCAACAUGUAAGUAGAGAUGCAAGCUCACAGCAAGUAUCAAAGUAGUGCAAUGUUCACAUAUAUUUGUAACUGGACAACUAAUCCUAACUUGUCAUAUAUUUGACCUGUUACCAGUCGUCAUAUUAUUAUUAUUUGUAGGCAGUGCAAAAUGUCAAAGAUACUCAACUCUGGUUAAAUGAUCCCAGGUCCAACAUUUUAAAAUACAAACUAAUGAUUUAAGGCUAUUUAUAAAUAUAAUCAAGUCUUCUUCUGUUUUGUUUGUUUCCUCUUUCUCUCCUGCAGGUAAAAACUACAGCUUUGGUGCCUAUAAGACCUUUUUGGGACUACCAAAAGUCUAACUUUAUUCAAACUCUUGUUUAAUAACCUAACUUGUAGUGGAUUUACAAUUCCCAAAAUAAAUGUUAUUUUCAUUCAUUUCAUGGCUGUGCAUCACUCUUAUGCUAUGUUUGAUCACUUGUUGUGGCUGUGGUAUUUUUUGUAUGUACUCACAUGUAAACACUUUAUUAUCAAAAAAAUCAAAAAGUUUCUUUCCUGCAUUAACUUAAUUUUUGAAAGAAACCGAAAAUCUCGCGAUAUCUCCUUAAUUGCGUUAACAUUAAAAAAAAAAAAAAAAAAAAAAAAAUUCAAAUUUCACGGUUAUGUAAAGAAUGCGACACGGAUGCGUUGACAAACACAAACAAACAAGCAAAAAACAAAACAAAAAACCCACAAAUUUCAUUUUUCGCCUCUCAUUUGCAUCGUAACUAUCGCAGACGGCGGUCGAUGCUAUCUUGGCUAACAGCUAACCAACUCCUCGGCUCAGUGUCACGUCUUCUACGCCGCGAAAAAGGCCUUGCAGUAUGGACAGUAGCAGCCGACAAAAGGUAAAGUUCAAGUGGCUGCGAACCAUUGUGUGUCCAGGAGGUUCUCUCCAGGGCAGAGAUGUCCCAUCCACGCCCUCAUCGUCUAGCGACUCCUCCUUCACUUCCCCCAUCGGAGAGUCCCCAGGAUCAGCUGCCUUUGGAGACCUGACCCUCUCCACACCCAAGAGAAAGCCAGACAGUGACAGCAUGGCAUCCUCCUCCAAAAUCAAACUCCGGAAGCUCUCCAAAAAGCGCUUUGAGGCCUUGGCAUCUCCUGAGGAGCCAGCCAUUGACAAAACUCCUCAAAAGUCAGACACAAAUUCCCAACAAGAAACCCUGUCUCUGUCUCACUCUUUUGUUUUGAAAAGAAAAGAGCGGACACCCGAAGAGGGCUCUAAAGCCAUCUACAAACAUGCCCUCAUGGCUGCUAUUAGCAACAUAGGGGCGAAGAAAAGUGCCAAGAAAGAGCUACAGUUGUGCCCACCAGAGGAGACCAGCCCAGUGUCUGUGGAACUGAACACCGUGGAUUUAAAUGGAAAUGGAUUAGGAGUGCCAAAGUGGUCCCCCCCAGCACUGAUCCUGGACUCUGAAGAUGAUGAUGGAAGUGCAGUAGCACACACUGAAAACAGGAGCUUUAUGCUAAAAGAAGAUGGUUCACCAAGUACGUUUGUAACACCUACUGAAAGUCAUGACUCAUCCCCAUCUCUGGAACCAAUGCAAUAUGCAGACUGUUGUUUUUCAUCCAAUACUGAGAAAGAAGGUGACACUGCUACUUCUGACCAAGGAAGGGAAAGUUUUCUGUCUACAAAUCAAAGUUUGACUGAAUCUGAAAACUGGGAGACACCAGAAAGAACAGUCGUCUUUUCGUACGAAGAGCAAGUUAAACCUUUGUCAAAUUUGUCAAACACCACUAAAACUGAGACGGACAAAACACAACCUCAGAUUGUGACAGUCGUGGAUCCGUUCGCUCUUCCCGUGCUCUCAACCAAACGAGUUCUCAAAUCCCGAAGACAGUCUGAUGUUGGCAUAUCAGCACACUACCCUCCUUACUCCUUUACUCAGUCCAGCACCCCUAAAAGAAGGUGGUCUAUGGGGCCUGAGCCAGAGCGCGCUACAUGUCCCACAAUAUACAGCAGCACCGGUUUCCUGGAUACCCACUGCCAUUUGGACAUGCUCUACGGGAAACUUCACUUUAAAGGAAGUUUCAGCAGUUUUCGGAGGAAAUAUCAGGAUAGUUUUGCGCCGGAGUUUGAGGGAUGUAUCGCAGAUUUCUGCAACCCCAGAAUUAUGGUGAGGGAGGGCAUCUGGGAGGGGCUUCUUGCGGAGGAUAUGGUUUGGGGUGCAUUUGGGUGCCAUCCGCAUUUCUCCAGAGACUAUUCAAAAACCCAAGAGAGAAACAUCCUGGCAGCCAUGAGACAUCCCAAAGCUGUGGCAUUCGGAGAGAUUGGACUCGACUAUUCCCACAAGAACUCCACUGACUCCUCCCAGCAGAAGAAGGUGUUGGAGCGUCAGUUGAAUCUGGCCGUGGCAAUGAAGAAGCCUCUGGUGAUUCACUGUCGGGACGCAGAUGACGACCUGCUGCAGAUCCUCAAGAAGUGUGUCCCUAGAGACUACAAGAUCCACCGGCACUGUUUCACCAAUGAUUACCCAGUGAUCGAGCCAUUCCUGGAGGAGUUUCCAAACUUGUAUGUGGGCUUCACGUCGCUCAUCACUUACUCCAGCGCUAUCGAGGCCAGACACUCUGUCCGAAAGAUCCCCCUCGAACGCAUUGUCCUGGAGACUGAUGCCCCAUACUUUCUUCCCAGACAGGUGAGUAAAAAUGUGUGCCACUUCUCUCACCCCGGGAUGGGCAUUCACACUCUGCAGGAGAUCAGCCUUCUUAAGGGAGAGUCCAUGUCCACUGUCCUCGGUACCAUUCGGCAAAACACACAUCAGCUCUAUGGAAUCUAAGCCCCUGUAAUAUUUUAUGUACAGUUUUGUUUUAAUGCACUUGUUUCCCUAUAUUCUGUUUAUGUGCAUUCUCAAAUUAUAAUUUUAACAAGUUGAACAUUGAAAAACUGCGUCCUGUUUGGCGUUCAGUGUAUAAGUGUCUUAAUGUUAAAAAAGUGAUUGAUAUCUAGUUUUAUGCUCAUGCGUGUGGUGUUCUCGUUUGUCUUGCAUGGCCGCUGUGAAACAUGGAGCAAUUUAAUACAGUCAACAAAUUGAAA